AGGAAGAGGUAGAGGUAGAGGUAGAGGUCGAGGCAGAAGAAGAGGAGAUCGUGGAGCCAGGGAUUCCAGCAGGAAUUUCAAAACCAAUAAUGAUCAAUCUCAAGGAAAAUGUAGAGGUAGAGAUCAUGACAAAUCCAAGGUAGAGUGCUAUAGAUGUCAUAAUUUCGGUCAUUAUGCAUCUGAAUGUUAUACUCGUCUGCCUAAUGACAAAGAAAGGGAGGAGAAGUCUAAUUUUGCUGAGAACAAUGAAGGAGAGACCUUGUUGAUGGCAAUUCAAGUAGAAAAAGAACCCGAGCGAGAUGGUUGGUAUUUGGACACAGGUUGCAGUAAUCACAUGAGUGGAAGUAAGUCUUGCUUUUCUUAUUUAAAUGAAGGCUUCCGUUCUAAAGUUAUCUUUGGUGAUUGUUCUACUAUGGAUGCAACUGUAAAAGGUGACAUUAAAAUUAAAUCCAAGAACGGUUUUGAAGAAAUAAUCUCAGAUGUGCUAUAUGUUCCGACUUUAAAAAGUAACCUGUUGAGUGUUGGUCAAUUGAAAGAAAAUGGAUAUUUUCUUAUGAUUGGAAAUGGUGUAUGUGAGAUUUAUAGCCCUACGAGAGGUGCUAUAACUGUUGUAAAAAUGAGUUCAAACAGGUUAUUUCCCUUGAAUACUGAGAGUACUCAAUCUUGUUUGAAAGCGAAAAUAAAAGAUUCUUCAUGGUUGUGGAAUUUUAGAUAUGGUCACUUGGGUUUUGGUGGACUAAAGACACUUCAUCAGAAGAAUAUGGUGUCUGGACUUCCAAAAAUUGAUAUUCCAUCUCAAGUAUGUGAGGAAUGUGUUGUUAGCAAACAACAUCGUGUUAUUAUUCUGUAUUUGUAA